CUAUUUAAAUGUGUGAGUGGGGGUAUAUUUCUGUUUGUGAAGAAGAGACCUGCUCUCUAAAUCUAGAUUUAUGACAGACAAAAUAAAAAUAAGUAUGUUAAGAGUGAACUAAGUUGAGAUUAUUGUUUGUACCACUGAAUAUACAAGGGCUAAAAACGUAUUGUUAAAACUAGUGUGUAUGUAUGUGUUUUGUAUGUGUUUUGUACAGUUAGUCAAUAAAGGUGACCUCGAUUGGAGAAUGAAGGCGAUAUACACUCAUAACAACUAUUUUAACAGUAAAUUAGCACGGGUAUCAGCUAGUCCUUUAUAAAAUGGAAUUUCACAAAUAUGUAUUAACAAUAUACUUAGUUUAAUAAAGGUAGGACAAAAGGACUUAGACAAGCCGUAAUCCAUACGAAGAAUAUUACACUUUACGAAAACGAGACAAAUAUUUUUUUUUUAGAUUAGAUUUAGAGAAAUAUUAUUCCAAUAAACUAACAUGAAACAUUUCUUAUCAGUAUCAUAUUUUAAUUUAUUUUAGCGAAUUAAUAAAAAUUCGUCAUUUAGUGUUAGAUGUAAUAGAGAGCAAAAUCUUAGGGUAAGUUGUAAAAUUAUUUCCAAGAAUAAACGCACACCCACAGACACACACAUAAUCUAUUUUUAAUCUCAUAACAGUUCCAACCUAUUUAUAAGUCUUAUUUAAGUUUUGUUAUAAUGUUGGUCAGAGAUAUCAAAUAUCGUAUGUUUGCCUUUAAGUCUAAUGAUAAAAAAAGUGUGCAGUAUUGUAUGUGGUUGAGCAGUCGAGUUAUACGAAACUGUCGUAAAAUGUUUAUUAUGGUACGAAGAAAAGGAAAGAAAAAAUAAACAAUGCGCCAUAACUGACACUAGUUUACAAUGUCUUCACGCAAAAGAAAAAUUCAACACAAAAGGAAACAUGAUAAUGACAAUAUUGACGUUUGUAAUGAUAAUGAGAGCUAUAGACAAACUGACCUAUGCGAUUUAAAGAAGGGUAAAUAUGAAGGGUCACAUGUUGGUGAAAAUCCUGAUCCAGAAUGUGGAGAGGCUAAUCUCUCUAAUUUUGAUUGCUGUAAGAAACAUCCAGGCCAUAGACAGUUUAUACCUUUUCAUAAGUUAACCUUAAAACAUUUACCUGAUGGUUAUCAAGACCAUGAUUUGUAUGAAUUCAUUAAAAGUGCAGGUGACCAAACAGUUAGAUUAGGUGUUACAGAAAGCAGUCGGUACAGACCAGAGUUUUGGCCAAAAACAAAUCGACCAUAUCCAUUUUAUAAUAGUGAGAAAAGUAAUUUGAGAACAGGGAGUGGACAAAUAUGGGGUGUAGAUAAGUUUCAAAAUGGAGACAUUAGUAGUUAUCACCAAAAUUGUUGGUGUAUACAAUGUCAAAAUUCGGACUCACCGAGCCAUGUGUGGUGGGAGUUUAACGUUUACACAGCCACGCAUGUUGUUUUUGAUGACAUUGAAGCCAGCCACACAAGCUUGAGAUUAUUUUUUGAUAAAAACAAUUGUCCAGUUGUCACUGUUGAUAAAGUUAUUGUUGAUUUGGCUGACAUUAAGGGUGACUUGUGUGUGCUGACAUGCGUGACAUGUGACAACAAUUUAGGAAAUAAAGUUGAAAAAAAAUGGAAAAAUUAUGAAAUUAAGUUGAUGAAAGUAAAUAAAAAAUUUAAAAUGUCUAAAGAUAAACACAGAUUAAACUUUAUAGUUUCACAUCCUCAUGGAUGUUGUAAACACGUCAGCGUGGGCCAUUGGAUAAAUAGACAAAAAAUUGGUUAUAAAACUAGAUUUACUUAUACAACUUGUACAUGUCCUGGAAGUAGUGGAGCAGUUGUCCAUUUUGUUGGAUUUGAUAAAUGGUGGAUGUCUGAUCUUGUCCACUGUGGAACUUUUAAGAAUAAAUUGAACUAUAGUGGAACAGGCUACGUUACAUAAAAUAUAUUCGUAUAAUUUGAAAUAUAAAAAAAAUAUCAACAAUGUAUAUGAUCUACAUUUAGUUAUAAAUAUACAUUUAGCCACGGGAAAUACUGAAUUCCUCACUAAUCUUCGAACUCGAAGAUUAAAUUUUGUAUAAUAUAUUUCCUUUUCAAAAUGUAAAAGAUAAACAUCCUAGUGUUAACUUGUAAUUUAUAAUGUCGCAAAUCUUUGAUGACGCCAUGUGUGUAAUAUUUAGUUAUGGCUGUUUUAUCAUAAUAUUGUUAUUUUAUGUUUAUUAAUGGGCGUUGUUGCUGAGGAUAAAAAUUAUAUAUGUGUCAGACGCGAAUAGCCUAAUUUUUCAGUAAAAGAAAUUACAAAAGUCAUUUCUCUAUAGAAGAAGUUACGAAGGCUAUAUAAUAUACAGCCACAGACCUAUAUAUACUACAAUAAAUAUAGGUUUUUAUUUCUAGUUACGAUUUAUUUAGGUAGGUGCUGUUUUACUAUUACAUACCAAGUAUUAGAGUUUAGAAAAACCCAGGUUCGUUUCUUGUGCAACGCUAUUAGCUAACACCGCAUAUCAUCUCUCCAUUAGUAUAUUUAGAUCUAUAAUCUAAUUCUAGUCUUGAUCUAUACAUAAAAAUAGAAUAUAUCUAGUAAUAGUAUAGAUUCUAUCUUGAGACUAGAUUGCCGAGUCUAGCCUAUGAUAUGCAUAUAGUCAGUUUUUAUUAGAAUAAAGUCUAGAUAUUACUAAAGACUAAAGUUGAUUAAUUAUUAGAUAUAGACAUAGGACAUAGAUCUAAUAACACUGUAAUACUAUACUCUAUACUUAAUCUACUAAACUAGAGAUCUAGACCUAUCUAUAGAUCUAUCUAUAAUCUAGUUAAUCUAGAUCUAUACAAUAUUCAUUAUAAUACUUCUACUUAUAAUGAAUUAUUUAAUAAGUUAGUACUUAGACUUAGAUCUAUUAUAGUUUAUUAAUAAAUUUACUUUUCAAUGCCUAGUCCUAAUAAUAAAAUUGCUAAUGAUGUCUAAUGACUAAUUCUUUUCUUAUAGUAAUAGGCCUACUUAAUCUAGGUCUAGACUCUACUUAAAUCUUGUCUAAAAUAAUGACUGUCUAAGACUCUAAAUGAUUGAGACUUUCACAUAUAGGUGUUUUUAAUAAUACGUCAUGUCGGCUGAAAGUAAGCUGUAUACAAAGUAUACAUAUAUAAAGUGUUUUUUUUUGUAAAAAAAAAAUAGGUGCCGGUACUUAGGGAUAGAUUGUCUAGCUUUCAACUACUAAUAAAUUAACAAUUAACGUUGAAAUACAAGAAAAGUAAUAUUUUUUUCUACAUUGAAAAAAGGUGCCGGUACCCCGUACUGGUGCGUACCUUCAUAAAAGUAUAUGUAUAUCUCAAUCUUCUUUCAUUUAAUUUUUGUUUGCGGGGUCAUUGCUAUUUAAUACAUUUAUAUCGGAUCGUUUCAUAUAGGGCCUAAGUAUACAAGCAGGAAGCAGGAUCUCGAGCAUUGGAUACUUUUAUUUUUCAAAUACAAAGUUUUAUGGAAGAGGCAAUAUAUUAGUUGUUUGAAAGUUGUAACUUCUUAAAUUCAGGCUAAUAAUAUCGAAGCCUACAUUUUUACACUCAUCUGUAAACAAUUAGAAGAGAUGGACUGACUCAUAGUGACCUAGUGUACAUUUGCAAAAAAACAAACUCUCUUUAUAAUCUUAUCAGUGAGACUUUCAAAAGUAUUAAAAAUAAGAAAAAAACUUAGUGAUUAUUUUUACUGUUUAAUUCUAUUUAUUAUUCCUUUUUAGAAGAAGGAUAUAAAGAAAAAUUUGCCAUAUGACUUUAUCUAACAGAAAAAAAAAUGAAACAUACGUCUAUUUAUGCAGUUAUUUAUAGUUACCUAGUAAUAUAAAAUAUAUUGAACUAACACGUACAUUCAUCAUAAUGCAGCCAUGCGAUUUUUCGUUUAUGAACAUAGCAAUAUUUAGGAUCAAUAUUUUACAAAGGCUGCUUGGAAAAAUCAGGUAUACCCAUAAGGAAAAACACGACCCCUUUACUCAAGGAAAAUUUAAGAAACUAGAACAGACUCAAAAUAGACAGUGACAUUCAUAACAAACUAAUAUUCAAAAUUGAUUAGAGUAACACUUUUUUAAGUUAUCAUUUAAAGUUUAAAAUCACUAAAAAAAUGUUUUAACAAUUAUUUUGUGUAUGAAAUUGUGUAUCGGAAAAUGCCAAGUACUUGAAAUAAGUUAAUCCUAAAAAAAAACACACAGAUCUUGGGUAAAAUACUCAUCAAAUAAAGUUCUGUAAAUGUGUAGUUUCACGGGAUAGUUUCAGGUCUAUUAUUUUUAUAGCCUCUAUCGGGUUAUAUCCCAACUAACAUUAUUUUUGUGCAGAAUUUUUUUCUCUAUAAGGACACUUAAAAUUAUAGCAUAAUAAUGUCAGUUAAUUUUAAAAUGAGAAUUGAAAAAUACAAAGAUAUAUAAGGAAAAAAGCGACUUCCGGCCCAAUACUUUUUAAUCAAAGAAACAAAACGGACUAGUCCAACGUUGCCCAUUGAAUAUGUUCAUAAAGUAAUUUUUCUUUAAAAUUAUUAGCGUUUAUUGAAGCAAAUCCUCAAAUACAUCCUUAAAAAUUGGACUAAAUAAUUUUGUUGGUAAAAGCAAUAUGUACAUGCCUAAAGACUUUCAACAUAUAUUCUCGAUGAGAGAUAGCGGAAGUUGAAUGUAAUAAAAAUUCAUAAUACUGUUUCGUUUGAUGUUGCUAAUUUGUUAAUUAUGAUAUGUGGAUCCCAGAAAAUCAUUUAAUUGAUUUAGAAAUUCAUCAUCAUCAUUGGCCUCCUUCAGUCGUGAAACGUCUAUGUUUCAUCUCAUCAACACUUUUUAUUUGGGCUUUGAGUAAGUGAGAUGAAAGCCUGGGCAUUGUCUAUGAUCGGAACGAUGUCGCCCACACAGCAGUUCCCCCCUCUUCGCGCAGCUGACGAGACCAAAGGAACGGAAAUUACGGUGAUAGUUAUGACUAAUUUUUAUACUUUUCCAUGAUAUUAAAAACGACUUACUUGUAGUGUAUCUUGAAAUUAUUCAUUGUUUACGUACAUAUCAAAGAUUGUUUUGUAAAAUAAAUUACUUUAUGCAGGUAAACAAUCACUGUAAAAGAUUUCGCUAUUACUAUUGUUACUAAAAAAUAGAAAUAAAACUAUUAUGCGCUGUGUGAGCGGAGUCAAGUACGAGUUUGAAGCAAAGGAAUUUUUUUGUAAAAGCGCCCCAAAAUAAAUUUUCCUCAAAUGGGUUACAAUUAGUCUGUGCAGUAGCCUUCAGUUUAUAUAGGGAAUUUAAAAAGUUUUCCACCAGUUUCUUAAAAUGAAAGUUUCAAAUAAUCUUUUUUUUAUUUUUAGCUGUUAUCAUAUGAAGAAAACUUGUAUAUCUUGUCUUUCUAAAUGUCACUUUCUACUUUUAGAUUAAAAAAAAAUAAAGAAAGAAUAUUAAAAAGCUGAUUUCUUCUUUUAAUAAACAAAUAAAUGUAAUUUUAGCCGAAACGUUAUAAUCAAUAAUAGGACCAUUUUUUCAAUAAAAAUACUGCGAAAAGAUUAUCAAAAAUCACUCUUUUGACAUUACAUUUAGUUGUCUUUCCAAUGGACGUGGAUGUCUUUUUUAUCGAUAAUAGGUAAUCGUUUGUUAUCAAUUCGAGAACAACUCCAAAUAAUUAUUUAAAGUUGUUUUUUUUUUAUAUUAGACAGUCAUAAAAUGAUAGCUUGAUGCAAAAUUAUUUAUAGUAAAUAUCUUAUAUGAACAAAAAAAAAAGCAAUUUGUUCAUCAAUUUAAAAAAAAAAGUUCUCCUUUUAGACCUCGCAAACAUUAGGCAGAUAAUUCGAUGGCCGACAAUUAAAUAGAGUUUAUGUAACCAGCAUAACAACAAAACGCCUUUAGUAUCACCAAAUUAUGUCAUUAUCCAUUACAGUUGGGUAAACUCAGGCGUCCUAAAAAUCCCAAAAUUUGAAACGUUUUUAUCUAGAUUUGAACCCUUUAACCUUUAGGUUUAAAGUUAUGGGCUUCACCGCUCAGUCACCACACUUCAAGUUAAUAAGAUGUCAUUAUUUUUUUUUAUAUGGAAAAUAUACUACCUCGGCUACGGGAAACCCGUAACAACAUUCACAAAAGUUAAGAUUUAGGUAUUUUGAUAUAAAGCGUAAAACAAAAUAGACUAAAAAUGUCAAUGAUAUAAUAAACAUACUGACAUAAAGCUUGUAGGCAUAGCAGUAGUGAACAGUGUUAUAAUCUGGAGAAAGGACAAUGAAUUUUACUGGAACUACUUGUAGAUGAUGGGAAACAUACGGCACUAAAAAGUACUUUAAACAGGUUACCUAUAAUUCAUAUGCCUUUGAUAGACUGUAUCUAGAGUAGUUAAGGAUAGUGACAAGGGUUAAUAAAGGUUAAUGGAAGGAGUAUAAGAAAGACUAAAUCUUAUUCUUAUAAACCUUAGAGAAGAAAAAGUGGGGUUUAGAGAUUGGUCUAGACUUUGUCGCUGGAAUUAUUUUUGUUUUAAGAUGUUCAGUUUAGUUUAUUUAAGUUGUGUUUUAUUUUCACUAGGAUCGGUAGCUACCCAAUAUAGAAGAGUGGUGUGUAGUAAUAUAACUAUUUGUCACCUUAUUACUUGUUCACUUUUAAUGAUAACAAUCUUAUUUUCUUGACAGUAUGAAUAUUUUUGUGUAUCAUUACAUACGUUUCUUUCUGUUGCAGGAUAGGAUAAUUUCGUUUUCAUUAGUAAAGUUUUAGUUGACAUAUUAAUUCUAUAGUCACAUUUUAUGAACUCGUAUGAUUUCUUGUAAAUUACUUAUUGGCAUGUAAUAUUAGUAUUACACAUGAGAUAAAAGUGUUUCCAAUGCCUUCGCAUCUUGAGUCUUAUUCUCUGGUCUUUUUUUUUAUACCUUCACAGUUUUGUUGACGCAUAAACGUUGUGUAUGAAGUGAAAAUGGUGGCGUUUUUUGCCUAUUUGUAAGAGUUUAUUUUUAGAAUAGUUUUGGGCAGUGGGUAAUUGAUGUGUGACCAUCAUCCCGACCGAAGCUAAUGCUUAGGCAUUUGUCCCAUUUUUAUGAUACAUAGUUGUUUCGCCCAUUGAAGGAGAUCAUAUUUUUUUAGACUUCACAUUGAGAGUAAAUAUUGUUUUCCUUUUAGUAUUAUGUUGUGUACUUUUUCAUAGCUAUUUAUUGGAGCCUUGCUGAUGUAGUGUGUGUAUUUACUAAUAUUUAGGGUGAAAUAUGUACAAAGGGUACCACCUUUUUUCCAUGUGUGUAACUAACAAUGAUUGUUCAUAUUUUGAGAUAGUGUGCAUUGUUAGGUAAGUAUAUUGUUACAAAACUUGUUUGAUUAUAUUCAUUGUAGUGCUAAAUCUAGAGUGUUAUUCAACCUUAGGUAUUGAAGCUUGACCAUAUCUAGCACGAAAGGUUGAGAUACUGAGGAAAAGGUUCGCGUGAAUUUGAUUUGGGAGACAUUUUAACUAAGAUCUGAGAGAGUUGGUCUGAGUCAGAGACCGGAGUUUGUGAGAGUUAGUCAAUAGUAGUUAAAGUUGUUUUAUAGUACGACAAUUUUUCCUAUUGGAAAUAUGUAGACUCUGUUGGUCAAUGUAAUUAACUUUUGCUUUUGAAUUGAAAAUUUUAUAUUUCUCUGGAUAUUAUUAUACUUGCGUAGUCGAGGAGCUAAGUACGCUUGAACUUGGCUUGGCUAUCUAUGAAGGGGGCUCGAGGUUCAACACACGACUCGAGCAGAGUUGUGUUUACUGAGUACCUAAAGGCAGCACAAAAAACCUUCUCCCUUCUCCUCCCACCAUCCCCACUGGUCCACAAAUGAGAUUGGACCAUUACGCUCUGAGCAUGCUAUAAACAUAAAAGUAGCGCUAUCAAAAGAUAAAAUUGUUUUAUUAUUAACAUUUUUAAUAAACGUUUUGACGAUUAAAAUCUGUUGAGUCUAAUUCAUGUUUUAAAAAUUUAAUUGUAUUUUUAGAUUUGCACAUCUUUGCUCUCUUAUAACUAAAUUUGGACCUGUUUCUAUGUUGCCAUCUAUAUAUUUUGCAUUGAAAAAAUAGUUCUUGAUACGUGACUUAAUAAAACUAAUUAAUAAAUAACA